ACCAGGAGCGCGCCCGGUUAAUGAGACCGCGGAGAGAAGGAGGAGGGAGAGGAGGAAGAGAAGAGAAGAGAAGGAGAAGUUUGGAGGAAGAAGAGCAGGAGGAGGAGGAAGAGAAAGAAGAGGAGAAAGAGAGGAGGAAGGAGAGGUUUGGAGGUCGUUCCUGCGGAGGAGCGGCUCGGCGUCAGGCCGUCGGUGAGCUCGUGUUUGCGGCCAGAAGCGGGACGUUUGGCGGUUGGAGCGGAAUCACGAGAGGAGGAAGAACCAGCACGACAGGUUUGUGCUGAGUCAUCUCUUCCCUCUCACGACCAGCCGGACCCUCCUGAUCCUCAAGUAUUGAUCGAUAUCGUGGCAGCCCAGACCAAUCAGUGAUCCUGGACUUGUGAUCGCUGCCCGACCAGACCGGAUCAAUCCAUCACCGCCGCUGAAGUAUUGAUUACAGCAGGUCUAAGCCAAAGGAAUCAAUACCAGAUGCAGAAAUAUUGAUUGCACCAGGGUCACGUGACCUGCUGAUCACUGAUACUGGAUUAUUGAUUGCACCUGAACCCGGCCUGACAGAGGAAUAUUUGUCAAACUCUGGACCAGAACCUCCUAGAAACCUCUGGAAACGAUUAAAGCAGCAGCACAGCAAAGCUCAUCCUCAUUGGUCAGCUGACAGCCCUGCCGAGGCUCUGAUUGGCUGACUGAGUUGUUUCUCUGCGCCGGUGUGUGUGUGUGUGUGUGUGUGCGCGAUGGCUACUGCAGAUCUGAUCGGAGACAGCGACGACUGUCCCGCCCAUGUGGAGGUUACCGUGACAACAGCGUCGACCCCGUCCACCCCGCCGCCUCAUCUCCCACGGGUCGCCAACGGCAGCCCGGCCCACCUCUCCCCACCCUCGCCGUCCUCGCCAGCUGCGGCGGGCGACUGCCGUGACGGCGGCGAGCGCGACGAGCGGGAAAAAGGUGACGUGAACCUGCUGAAGCAGUGCCGCCUGAUCCGCUCGCUGCACAGCGGCCUCAAGCGCCACCGCGACUACGUGAAGAUCACGGUGCCGGAGGAGCGCGCCAACCGGCUGCCCAAGGAGUGGUGGAAGACGGGCGUGGCCUUCCUCUACGCCGUCUUCAACCUGUUCUUCACCACCGUCAUCAUCACCUUCGUCCACGAGCGGGUCCCGGACAAGUCGGUGAGCCCGCCGCUGCCCGACAAGUUCUUCGACUACGUGGAGCGAGUGCCCUGGGCCUUCACCGUCACCGAGGUCAACGGCCUCAUCCUGGUGGGGCUCUGGCUCAUCCAGUGGCUCUUCCUCAAACACAAGUCCAUCGUGGGUCGUCGGUGUUUCUUCCUGAUCGGGACGCUCUACAUGUAUCGCUGUGUCACCAUGUACAUCACCACCCUGCCGGUGCCUGGAAAACACAUGGUCUGCGCCCCCAAGCUGUAUAACGACUCCACGGGCAAAAUCUGGAGGAUUCUGCGGCUGAUCUCAGGAGGAGGCCUGUCCAUCACCGGCUCCCACCUGAUGUGCGGCGACUUCCUGUUCAGCGGCCACACAGUCAUGCUCACGCUGUCCUACCUCUUCAUCAAAGAGUACUCUCCCCGGUGGAUGCGCUGGUACCAUUGGCUGUGCUGGUUGCUAAGCGCCUCGGGAAUCAUCUGCAUCCUGAUUGGCCACGAGCACUACAGCAUCGACGUGGUGAUCGGCUACUUUGCCACCACCAGGAUCUUCUGGUGGUACCACACCAUGGCCAACACACACGCGCUGCGUCGGGCCCCCAACAACUUCCUGUCGAGGACCUGGUGGAACCCUGUCUUCAACUUCCUGGAGAAGAACGUCCAGAGCAGCGUGCCCGUCGCCUUCUCCUGGCCCGUCGCCCUGCCCACGUCCUGCACGCGGCGCUACCGCAUGGUGGAGGGGGGGAGGGACGAAUGACAGGAGGGGGAGGGAGGGAGGAGGAGGAGGAGGGGACGCCUAAACCUCCUGAACUCAGAGGAGAAAUGAAGGACGCUGACCGGGCGCCUCCUCCGAAAAGGAAGAAAAAAAACUCCACUUCUUCACCGAGAAGGUUCACCUGUCGUUUAACGAAGGACGCCGAUCAGGAGUCAGUCCGUCUGGUUUUGGUUUUGGGUUUUGCUUUUUUAUCCAAAUGUAAACGAGUUCGAGACGCCGCAGCUCCACUCAAACCAAAGUUUACCGUCUUCGCCGCUGCCGAUUCAGAGGCCGCACACUUUGUUCUCUUUGUUCUCUUUGUUCUCUUUGUUCUCGUGAUUUCGUGGUUUUCUGGCUGUUUCCAGAUCAGCAAAAGAAACAGAUCUGAAAGGAACGAGGAGGCUGUGAUCUCCAGCUCUCAGACCUCACUCUGGCCACUAAAACCAGACGCUGUCGCUACCCGCAAGCUAGCUCGGUAUCCUGCAGUUUCAGUGAGGAAUGCUAACAGUGCUAGCAAGCAGCCUGAAAAAACAAACAAACAAACAAACAAACAAACACAGGCUGUUGAGCUAGCCCGACACUUAGCAUUCAGCUCUGAUAUUUAUCCUCCUCACACGUCUGGUUUCCCUCAGGCGGUCAAAACAGACUGUCGCCUCCACACCGGGACGUCCCGGCCGACGUCACCUCACUCCUCUGUGAACCCUGUCGUUUUUUUUUGUUUGUUUUUUUGUUUUUUUUUGGCGAACUCCAGAGCUGGUCGGCUGGUUUGGCGGCGCCUCGGACGCCUCGCUCGCCGGUUUGAGUCCACGUUUACGAACCGCAGCGACAGACGAGCCUCUGUUCAGAGAAAAA